AGUAGUAUUGGGUUCUCUAGGAAUCUUUUGGGGAAAAAUGCUGUCUUCUGUACAUGUAUUUCUGUGCUCGUUGUUAACAGAGUUAACAAAAAGAAAUCAUUUGAAUACCACCUGCAUUUUGGAUUGUAUAGGGUUUCUAUCAGAAGAAAUGUUAUUGGUAAUCUAAAGGGUGGAUUCGUUUCAGGUUCCUGUGAUAAAAUUACGUGUCCGUCGGGCAAGCACUGCCUGCUCGAUCAAAACAUGACACCGCACUGUGUCAAGUGCACGCGCAAGUGUCCCGAGUCGAAUCCGUCGCGACGUCGUGUCUGCGGCGCCGACGGCCUGACCUAUCCCUCCACCUGCCAUCUGCGCGAGAAGGCGUGCAGAUCGGGAACGGCGAUCCCUUUGGCCUACAAAGGACACUGCAAAUCCUCGGCCACCUGCAAAAAGAUCAGAUGCCGCGAUCAUCAGGUAUGUCUGACGGAUCGCGACGCCGGUGGGACGCCCCGUUGCGUCACCUGCAUGCAUAGAUGUCGCGCCAAGCACAUGGCAGGACCCAUCUGCGCCUCGAACAACUCCACCUAUGGGUCCUGGUGUCACAUGAUGCAGGACGCCUGCUCCAAAGGUUUCGUCCUCAACACCAAAUACACAGGAAAAUGUUUGAACAACAAUCUGUUUUAAUUCCAUCUUCAUCGAUCAACGAAGCAACAAAGAGGACGAAAAUGGGAGUAAAAUUCAGAAAA